AAUACCUCAUGAAAUCAUAUGACUUCACCGCACGUGACUUUAUUUACCAUUUAUUUACAGUCAUGUUACAACUCCUGAAUAUAUACGAUGGAGUUUUAUAAGUGAGUGAUAGUGAGUAAAUCCGAGUUCAACUGGGAAUGCAUUAUACUUUCCCCCGUUUUUAUUGACUUAUAAUGUCUUUUAUCACAAAGUUGUUCUCGUCAAAAAACGAUUUCACCAAACAGAAUGCUACUGAAAGUAAUACGCCAUUAAAUAUUGAAAUUCAGACGAAUAAGAGGGAAUCUUUGAACUUUGGAACGGACCAAGUGCGAAUAUUAUUAUUUCGGGAGUGUGAAUGGCGUGGAAGAAAACUACUUUUUGAUUCUUUAGCAGUGGAAAAAUCGCAGCCGAAAAACUCUUCGUUUUGUUCUUUAUUCAAAAGUGAAAAGGAGAAAAAAUGCAAACCACCAGCAGAAAUAAUAAAUGGCAUUGGCGAGCAGCAAAAGAAAUUAGCAUAUGAGGAUGUAAAUUUACUGAGCGAGAUGGUUUUCGGCACUGUUGCUAUGACUUACAGAGGACCGUCUUUUAAGAUUCACGCAAUAAAUUCUCCGCCAUGUAUUAUGAGUACAAAAGUCUUCCCAGCAUCCGAACACAGUGUGUGUCGGAAAAGUGAAAAACAAUCGGACGAACGCAUUGGAUAUAAUCCGGAGUCUAACUCGAGUAGUGGAAGUGUAAGAACACAAGAUUCACGACCUAGUUCCGGAAAUUUGUCGGCGAACAGUCUCAGUCCGAAUAUUAGAAAAAGUUCUACGUGUUCAAGCACCGGAAGUGGUUGGGACAUAGACAUUUCUCUUCCUCACGGCAGUUCACAUUCACUAGAAAGCAACUUUUCGGGGAAAGGCAGCAGUCUGACUAGCCUUCGAAGAAGAUGGAUUCGAGCCAUUUCGACAUCCCUAAGUCCCCCUGAGUCCGACUAUUUGUUUACGCAUUACAACGAAAAUUCUAAUGAACAAGAGAAAAAUGUUCGCCGACACAAGACCAGACUUGGUUUAGCGUUGUUGAUAAGACUUACACGAGGGCAUGAACAGGAAAUGGAAUCUAAACUAUUGGAACAUGCAGCUUUUCUCGAAGGAAUGUUGAAUCGAUUACGUCUGUCAUGUGCUGGCUCAAAUAAAGGUCAAAACAAUGACAAAGGAAAUGAACUGACAAUACGUCUACAAAGAGCAUCGUCUUGUUGCACAAUUUGGUUAUUACGUUUUCUUAUGAAUUCCUCUGACUCAACAACACCUUUACUGUGGCAUGACACUAUGCUGAACACGACAUUCCCGAAAGACGAGAGAAUCAACAUAAUACACAAUGGUCUCAAAGAAAUGUGCAGAUUACUCGACAAUUUCGACACGAAAUCAACCAAGUUCUUCUUAAGCACGUUAGUGACUGCCGUUUUAACCCAUCAUCUCGGUUGGGUUCAUACAGUUUCAUCUGGAUUUAAUCGAGAAACGGUGGAAAAAUUGCGAAAGCAGUUUCCCUGUAAUCCCUUGUGGGCACAACUUGGAGACUUAUACGGUGCCUUAGGGAAUCCAGUAAAAGUCGUUCACACUGUAAUCGCUGGAGAUUCUGACAAAGUGGAAACUAUAAAUUCAAUAUUAAUAUUUCUAACAUAUUUCAUUCGAAGUGGAAUUGUGAAAAAGGAAUACGAGCGUCGAUGUAAAUCACAGCAAGACGUUCAAGAGGCAAUUGUUCUAUUGGAACAAUUAAAUAGACAUCGUCCCACAUUAUCAAAACGAAAUAUUGAGACAAUUUCCAAUAAUUCUAAAGUACGAAAAAUUUCCAAAAGGAGAGUCGAAUUAAAAAAGUCUGAUUUAGAUGAAGGCGAAAUUUACGAGAGUAAUCAGGUUAAAAUAUCCGAGAAUAAUGCACCAAAAUUGAAAAGAAGUAGCACUCUACUAAAGAAUCUUGAUUCCUUAAAUGGAAUUCAUUCGAAACUCGAGUUCGAUACACAUUGGAAGGAUGAGACUGAAAUGAAGAGUAACACAACGGCGAGUAAAGUGAAAAUCAUUGUCAGCGAAACUUCCCCCCAUGAAAUUCGAAAAGAUCAAAGUAUGUAUCGAGAGAGUGCUUUACAGGAGUUGGAAAAGAAAUUCAACGACGAAGUAGACGACGCUUUCAUGGAAGCAAAACUCGAUACACUCACCUGGGAUCGUUUAAGUGAAAUGAGAAAACUCAAUUCCGAGGAUUUAGGAGAUUCCUACACCCUACCGUUAAGCAUUGACUUUCCAAGCCAAAGACAAGAGACCCAAGUAUUUUUUACCCUGGGCGAUGAAGAGAAACCCCUCAAAUCUCGAUUACGUCCCCGAUGUAAUUGUCAAUGUGCCUUUACAUUCACAAAAGUGCCAAGUACUUCAGCCGAUCUUCCCGAAGGUGUUCUUCGUAAAAUUAUCCAAAGAAAUUUUCCCGAAUCUUCAAAAAAUAUGCAACUCUCAUCCGAAGCUGCUUCUUCCAAUGAUUCACUAAGUUGUCUCAAAUGUCGAAGGAGAAAUAAAGCAUCGAAGCAAAAUUACGAGAACGAUAAAUUACAUCUCGAAACGCCAACGAACGCCACCGAUGUACUUCGUUCGUGUGCAAAUUCAGGUUCAAAUGAGGGAAUGUUUGCACUACCUGAUCUAAAUAGUUUCGAGGCCCUAAUGGAAGCGAAUAAUGUCAUUGAAUUGCCAAUGCCGCGUUCAAAUCAAAUUCCAAUAAAAAAACGAAUCGCGGAAAAUGUGGGAUUCACGAGUUCAUUGAUGAGCCGAAGGGUUGUACACAAUGACAAAAAGAAAUUGCCUCCCGAUAUUUGCGACUCGGGAUACACCUGGGGAUUGGUGAUGCAGGGUAUGAUAAAGAAGAAGAAGAAAUCUCGAAGAAAAUACAAAGACGAGAAGGAUGAGAGCGAGGAUCAAGCGAGGAAUUGGUGGCAACCCAUGAGAGAGGAAAUAGAAAUUAAUGCCCGAUUCCCAUCGGUCGAUCAACCAGUGGCUGAAUCUCUCUGCAUUUUAGCUGAUCUCGAUACUUGGCAGGUUGGACUUUUAUCCAAUAAUUCCCUUCCUCAGAAUCCUCCGUUACCGAUAGGAAUGUCUCGACUCGUCGCCAAUAUGUUGGAAGGUUUCUCUUAUAUUUGGAAAAAAUACCACUCCGCGGAAGAUUGUAUCCAACUUUUGGAAAGUCGACUAAGAGAAAUGUGGUUACGAAGUGAAACAUUGGCCGAAAUGUUGCUGACUGUAGAUCCGUAUGACAUAAACGUAAAUAAUCUAACAAAUUCUUUGGAUAUGGAUGCUGCGGACUUGCCACUGUUGCUCGCUGUAGCGACAACACAUUCUCCACAAAUUACGCAAAAGUUCGGCCUCACUUUAGCUUAAAUGCCAAAAGCGUUCGAUUACUACCACUUUUUAAAGUCUCAUUUAAACAAUCUCAAAGAGAGUCAUCAAAAAACUUAUUAUUGACGUCAAAGAUUAUUUUCUUCUUUCUUAUUUUUAGUAUCGUGAUGAUGCUCUAAAUUACAAUUUAUUUUUGUGUGAAUUGAAUAUGACAAAAUCGAAAGUGGUAGUUGUAUUUAUUAUUUCUACGUCAUUAUUUAUUUAUAACUGUAAUACCGGAAACGUGUAAAUGUGAACGUUUAUUGUCCUUUAUUUCAGUUAAGUCAUUUGCAAUAUACUAUUUAUAAUUUAGAAAUAUAAUUUAUAAAUAGUAUUUAAUAAUACUAUUUAUAGUUCUCGGUGACUAAAGUUUAAUACUCGGUUAUAAUGUAAUUUUUGACAAGUUACAUUCUUUUUUUUUUUAAAUAAUUGUAGUGCAUGGUGAAAACUUAAAAAUUUGUUGUUUGUUGUUAAUUUAUUCUUUUUCGAGAACUAUUGAGAGAGUUCAUUUUCUAAAUUAUUCGGAAUUAGGUGUUUAAGUGUCUAUUUUUACGUUUAUGUACAUAUUGUAUUAUAAGUCUUCAGAAUGAAGAAUAUUUGUUCAUAGAAAGUGUAAUUGUGUGUGAGAGUUCAUUGUAAUACUGUGUUUUUUACAUAUCAUUCGAAAAAAACAAUCGUUGUAAACUAUUUUUCAAAACAAUAAAAUUUUUCUACAGAUAA